AUGGCCUCUGUGGACAGCUCAGGCUCCAAAACCGGAGUCAGCCAACACACUAGCCAGUGGCUGCCCACACUAGCCAGUGGGCCACGGCUGCCCACACUAGCCAGUGGGCCACGGCCGCCCACGGCUGCCCACGCAGUGGGCCACACCAGCCAGUACCACCGUACGUCCACGCCGCUGCCCACACUAGGCCAGGGCCGCUGGCUGCCCAUUUUCAGCCAAAAAAUGCUGCCGCCCAUUUAUUCAGCCAGUGGGCCACGGGCUGCCCGCCACACUAACCAGUGGGCCACGCCGCCCACAUUACUCAUCCCAGUAAUACGGCUGCCCACCACAGUAGUCGCUGCCGCCCACGAUCAGCCAGUGGGUCGCCGGGCUGCCCACACUAGGCCAGUGGGCCACGGCCACCCACACUCAACCAGUGGGCCACGCCGCCCACACUAUCCACCAGUGGCCGCCCACACCAGCCAGUGGGCCACGCUGCCCACACUCAACCAGUACACGGCUGCCCACACUCAGCCAUGGGUCACGCCCACACCAGCCAGUGGCGGUCGUUCACACCAGCCAGUGGCGCCACUACGGCCCACAUCGCCGCCCAGCGGCCACGGCCACCAUGAUCCACCAGUGGCUGCCCACACUAGCCAGUGGGCCACGGCUGCCCAGCACACUCAACCAGUGGCCACGGCUGCCCACACCAUCCAGUGGGCCGCUCACACCAGCCAGUGGCUGCCCACACUCAGCCAGUGGGCCACGGCCGCCCACACUAGCCAGUGGCCGCUGCCCACACCAGCCAGUAACACGGUUGCCCACACUAGCCAGUGGACGGCUGCCCACACGGCUGCCCACACUAGCCACCAGUGGCCACGGCCGCCCACACGGCUGCCCAUUACCCGCCAGUGGCCACGGCUGCCCAUUCAGCCAGUGGGCCACGCCGCCCGGCUAUCAGCCAGUGGCUGCCCACAUCAGCCAGUGGCCACGGCUGCCCACACCAACCAGUGGGCCAUGGCUGCCCACACCAGCCAGUGGCCACGGCUGCCCACCAGCCAGUGGCCACGGCUGCCCACACUAGUGCCCACACCAGCCAGUGGCCACGGCUGCCCACACCUGUUUCAGUGGCCGCCCACACCAGCCAGUGGGCCACGGUUGCUCACACUAGCCAGUGGGCCGCUGGGCUGCCCACACCUUAGCCAGUGGCCACGGCUGCCCACACUAGCCAGUGGGCCACGGCCGCCUGACACGCUGCCCACACUCAGCCACCAGUGCGGGCCGCAAUGGCUGCCCACGGCCGCCCACAUUCAGCCAGUGGGCCACGGCCGUCUGUCAUCAGCCAGGUACACGGCUGCCCACACGGGCUGCCCAUUAUCAGCCAGUGGGCCACGGGCUGCCCACACUAGGGCCAGUGGGCCACGGCUGCCACACUUAGCCACCAGUGCCCGACCAGCCAGUGGGCCACGGUUGCCCACACAUUCAACCAGUGGGCCCACACCCACCAGCCGGGCCACGCCGCCCAUUGACCAGCCAGUGGGCCACGGCCGCCCACAAUUAGUGCCCCAGCCGCCCACAGGGGCCAGUGGCUGCCCACACUAG